CUGCUGGCUGGGAAGGCGCCGAGUGGGCAGGACGCCCCGCGCCCCUCCGGAGCUCAGCAUCCCCGGCACAGCUCCUGCCCACACGUGGGACAGGGCUGGUGGCAACAGCCUCGGUGGGGCUCGCAGACUUGGGGUGCUGCCACCGUCCCCUCGGGACCCCCCAGAGCAGACAGGGACCCCUCUUGGGCCGGGGCACCACGCAGGACCAGCCAAGAUAACGCGGAGAUUCCGGCUGCCACCAUGCCCGACUCGCCGGCCGAUGUGAAGACGCAGGCUCGCUCCACGCCGCCCAGCAUGCCCCCGCCACCGCCGGCUGUCACACAGGGAGCCACGCGCCACCCCUCCUUCACACCCAGCACCAAUCGAGACGCUGGCCCUCCGACGUUUCUGCCUCGCGGCCGUUUUCAUGGUUGCUUGAAAUGGUCGAUGGUCUGUCUUUUGAUGAACGGGAGCAGCCACUCACCGACCGCCAUCAAUGGGGCUCCGUCCACCCCCAACGGGUUCAGCAACGGCCCGGCCACCUCCUCCAGCGCCUCCCUGUCCACCCACCAGCUCCCUCCAGCCUGUGGUGCACGCCAGCUCUCCAAGCUCAAGCGCUUCCUCACCACCCUGCAGCAGUUUGGGAAUGACAUCUCCCCCGAGAUCGGGGAGCGGGUGCGCACCCUCGUCCUGGGGCUCGUGAACUCCACCCUCACCAUUGAGGAGUUUCAUGCCAAGCUCCAAGAGGCCACCAACUUCCCGCUGCGACCCUUCGUCAUCCCCUUCCUCAAGGCCAAUCUGCCGCUGCUGCAGCGGGAGCUGCUGCACUGUGCCCGCAUGGCCAAGCAGACCCCGGCCCAGUACCUGGCCCAGCACGAGCAGCUGCUGCUGGACGCCAACGCCUCCUCUCCCAUCGACUCCUCCGAGCUGCUCCUGGAGGUGGGCGAGAGCGGCAAGAGGAGGACGCCAGACAGGACCAAAGAGAACGGUUUGGACCGAGACCCCCUGCACCCCGAGCACCUCAGCAAGCGGCCGUGCACCAUGAGCCCGGCGCAGCGCUACAGCCCCAGCAAUGGGCUGAGCCACCCCCCAAACGGGCUGGGGCACCCCGCUGCCGGCCCCCCCCUGCCCCAGCACUAUCGCCUGGAGGACAUGGCCAUGGCACACCACUACCGGGACGCCUACCGGCACCCUGACCCCCGGGAGCUCCGCGAGCGCCAGCGCCCCGCUGCCGUGCACGGGACACGGCAGGAGGAGGUGAUCGACCACCGGCUCACGGACCGGGAGUGGGCGGAGGAGUGGAAACACCUCAAUAAUCUGCUGAACUGCAUCAUGGACAUGGUGGAGAAGACGCGGCGGUCGCUGACGGUGCUGCGGCGGUGCCAGGAGGCCGAUCGCGAGGAGCUCAACCACUGGAUCCGGCGCUACAGCGACGCCGAGGACAUGAAGAAAGGCAGCCCCCCCUCCGCACGGCCCCACAACUCCUCCUCCUCUUCCUCCACCGCCACCGAGGCUCCCCAGUUAGACGCUCACCGGGACUUUGCACCGCGGCCGCUCUCCGGGUACAUGCCCGAGGAGAUCUGGAGGAAAGCUGAAGAAGCCGUGAACGAGGUGAAGCGCCAGGCCAUGUCCGAGCUGCAGAAGGCCGUGUCGGAUGCCGAGAGGAAAGCCCACGAGCUGAUCACGACGGAGCGCGCCAAGAUGGAGCGGGCCCUGGCAGAGGCCAAGCGCCAGGCGUCCGAGGAUGCCCUCACUGUCAUCAAUCAGCAGGAGGACUCCAGCGAGAGCUGCUGGAACUGCGGGCGGAAGGCGAGCGAGACGUGCAGCGGCUGCAACACCGCACGCUACUGCGGCUCCUUCUGCCAGCACAAGGAUUGGGAGAAGCACCACCACGUCUGCGGGCAGACUCUGCAGGGGCUGCCGGGCCCCGCUGCCCCCGGGCCGGGCCAGCCCGAUGGGGUGCCCACCAUGGCCAGUAGCCCCAGCGAGGCGGGCUCGGUGGCCGCGUCCCGUGCAGGCACCCCGGCCACGCCGGCGCCGCUGGACAGCGCGUCCCGCUGAGCCCCCCUCGGGCUGCCAGAGCCACGGACUGCACCCGCUGCAAUUUCCUCAGCUACCUGACUCGUGUGACCUCCGAAACGACCUCUCUAGCUCUCACAACUAAUCCUCACGGAUCCUCAAACUGGGCUUUAAGUGGAGUUAAGGCAAAUACCGGUCUCUGUUCUUUCUUCAGUCUUUGUUUUGGCUUUUUUCGGUUGGUUUUCUAUCGGUUGGGGGAUUGUGGUUUGGGAUUUUUUGGGUUUUUUGGCUGUUUUUUUUUUUUUUCCUUUUUUGCUCUUUGGAUGAGGGAUUUGGCUCUAGCUUCACCAUGCAGUGCUGUGGGGAGAGACCAGCCCGAUCCCAUCCCCCAUUGAUGCUGCUGAGGGGCUCACUUGGAGGAGGAAAGAACCUUCUUUUCUUCAUUUCUCUCUUCCUUUUUUUUCUUUUUACUUUUUUUUUUUUGUAAAAAAAUAAAGAAAAUAAAAAAGAAAACGUCGGACUUUUUGGCUUUAAGUAAGAAAUUGUAAAAAAGGAAAAAAAAAAAAGAAAAAAAAAAGAAAAAUCCAAAAACCAGACGACGCGUGACGGACGCUCACCUGUAACUACCUUGCUAGCUAGCCAAGAACAGACCAGACUCACCUCUGCUCCAAAGGAAAUCCAAAACCAAGGAAGAUCCAAACGUCUCUCCACUGCCAAAGUUCGUUUCGUUCUGUUGUCGCUUCCUUCCCCUCCCCACAAGGAUGGAUGGACAUGCCCCUGGGGCUUUAAAGAAUUUCUAUUAAAAUAAAGCAAAAAAAAAAAAAAAAAAAGGUGUUUUUUUACUAAAACCCCAACCCCCAAGGUGUGGGAGGGGGAGAUGGGGCUGAGAACCGCAGCCAGAGCCGGCACAUCUCUACCUCUGCCCAGGAAAAGGAGAACAAAAGGAGAUUUUGGGAAAAAAAAAAAAAGGAAAAAAGAGAAUAAUAAAAAGGAUUUUUUUUUUAAGAAAAGUUAAUUAAAAGACAGAUUUUUGGGUUUCUCCCUCCCCGAAGCCGUCGGGGGACCCCCCCAUCCCUUCACUGCCAGGCUGCUCCCACACCCCACGCUGGAUUUGUUUCACAAGGAUUUUUAAGAGGAAAAGGAAAGGAAAAGGAACGCUGCCUCCUGCCUGGCCGAGGCAGCAGCCGAGGACAAUGUGGAUUAUUUGGGAUUUUUGCCUCGCUGGAGCGGCACGGAGGACGGAAGUGCAAUACGGAAAGUCCGAGCUCCGAGCGGAGGCAGCAGUGCUGUGCUCUAAUGUGAAUGUAAAUAGUGUCUGCAGAGGUCCAAAAAUGAAUAAUAAUAAUAAUGAUAGUGAUGAUAAUAAUAAGAGACGUUUGCCAAAUAAAGGAUGAGGAGGAAGCGUGGAGCUGUGGCGCUGGCCGGAGCGAGGCCUGGCAUCGAGAGGAGCUGUAGUUUUCCUGCAUUUGCAAAACCCAUCCUGUGUGUUUUCCGUAGGGGAGGAAGAGGAGGGAAGGGCUCGGGGCCCUUGGGGGGAUUGUGCUGGUGGUCACAGGGCUGGGCUGGGUCACAGCAGAACUUGGGACACGCCAAGGGUGAUGUCACUGGUCCUGUGCCACCGGCACCCAGCCCUGCUGGGGGGUCUGUGCACGCCUUGGUGCAUCCCCUGGGAGGGUUCUGUGCACCCCAAAAUCUUGGUGCAUCACCUCGGAUGAGUUCUGUGCACCCUUAGACCUUGAUGCUUCUCCCUGAGGGGUUUCUGUGCACCCCGAGGUCUCUCUGAAUCCUCCCAGGGUUCUUCUUCUGAGGAUUUGGUGCAUCCCCCCAGGAGGUUUCUCUGCACCCCAACACCUUGGUGCAUCCUUCUGGGAAGGUUCUGUGCACUCCAAGACUUUGGUGCCAUCCCCCCAGGGGUUCCUGCGCACCCCAAGGUCUUGGCCCAACCCCGGGGACAUUUCAGUGCCCCCCAAGACCUUGGUGCACGCCCUGGGUGGUUUCUGUGCCCCCCAACCCCUGGGAGCUUCGCCAGGUGCCCCUCCCGUUACUGUUCACUUUAUUUAUGGUGUGACAUAUGUAAUAUUGUCUAUUUUUCUUACGUUUCCUGAGAAGAGGUAAUAUAUAAGAGUAUUGCAGAUGCCCCGGGUGUCCGGCCUGUCCCUGCCCUCCCGCCGUGUCCCCCCUGUCCCCACGUGUGCCCCCGGCCCCGCUCCUGCCGGGGCUCUGCCUCUCUACCUCCACCUCGCCGGGAAACCAUGGGCGAGAGCACUUCCACAGGGACUGCUCUCCUUUCCAGUCCACUCCCUGCUGGUUUGCUUUUUUUGGCAUUACGGAAUUAUUACGAUGAUUUUUUUUUCUUUUAAUAAGAAUAAAACUACCCUACAGAA